AUGAUCAUAAAUGAAACUGAUAACUUAACAACUAUAUGCUACAAAUGCGCAGGAAGUGUAGAAAAACAUUACGAAUUCGUUGUACAAGUGAGAACAACACAAACAAAGAUAAAUAGUUUGGAAAGAAACAAUCAUUUUGAGUCUUCUAAUGUAAACAGAAGACAUGUCACAUCUUACGUAAGAGAGGAGGUGAUUGACGCCGACUACACGUUUUCAUUCCUCAAUCCGUCUUUUUUCGAAGAGAAAGUGGAACCCAAACCAUCAAGUCCCUUUUUUUCUUACUGUUCUUCACCUAAUAAACCUCCAAAACAAUCGAAUGAUCAUUCCAUGUGGAAAACGCCUCGCACUUGCAUUAGCAAUCAAAAGGAGAUAAAACUUGAGGAAACUCAUAAAAAAUCCAAAAAGGAUAAAACUAAACACCAUUCACGGGAUUUAUUCGAAUCUCAAUCUCAGGAUUUCGAGGAGCCGGAUUUCAGGAGCCUAGAUUGGAAACUAACCCCAGACGAGAACCUCAUUAAACGGGUAAGAGAAAAGUGUUUUGGCCGUUUAGAUUACUAG